UGGAACCGGGGGAUACAAUGGCUCAGAAAUCAUUUUAAAUACAAUACUUAAAGACAUACGAUUUCUCAUUAAUCUUCAUUUUAUAUAUUAAGUAGUAUUUGUGUACAGGAAUAGAAAUAAUAACGCUUUACUUUGUGCAGGGUGUUUUGAACAGAGCUGAUGUUAUCCGUAUCUCCUACGUUGCUAAUGAUCAGUGCUGUUCGCCAUUUUGAUUGAAUGGAAGCGUAGCUGAAGCGCGGUGGCUUCUAUAGCAAGUAUUAGUAAGCAGGGGCUAUUUCUAUAUUUUGUGUUUUCUGUUAUUACUGAGCGCCGUAAAAAGUGUGGAACGGAGGGAAUUGAACAGAAUCUGAAGGAAAAAAGCAAGGGCUUCAGCUGGAGCGAGGGAAAGCAGCUCAGUGUCUGUGUCUGAUUUGCUCCGUAUCCAGCCAGCAGGAUGCCGCCAGGGCCUGUACAGAUCGUCCUGCCAGACAGCAACAACAAGGUUGAAGAAACAAAGGAUGAGCCCCCAGUGUCGAAACCCAUUGUUGGGAUCAUUUAUCCCCCGCCAGAGGUCCGGAAUAUUGUGGAUAAGACUGCCAGCUUCGUGGCCAGGAACGGACCAGAAUUCGAAGCCAGGAUCCGUCAGAAUGAAAUUAACAAUCCCAAAUUCAACUUCCUGAACCCCAAUGACCCGUACCAUGCCUACUACCGGCACAAGGUGAAUGAGUUCAAGGAGGGGAAGGCGCUGGAGCCCUCGGCGGCCGUGCCCAAGGUCAUGCAACAACAGGCACUGCAGAACGCUUCUCAACAGCAGCUGCCACAGAAGGUUCAAGCCCAGGUGAUCCACGAGACUGUGGUGCCCAAGGAGCCUCCCCCUGAGUUUGAGUUCAUCGCAGACCCCCCCUCUAUCUCCGCUUUCGACCUGGAUGUGGUGAAGCUCACUGCCCAGUUUGUGGCUCGUAACGGCAGACAGUUCCUCACCCAGCUAAUGCAGAAAGAGCAGCGCAAUUACCAGUUUGACUUCCUGCGGCCCCAGCACAGCCUUUUUAACUACUUCACCAAGCUCGUGGAGCAGUACACCAAGGUCCUUAUCCCACCCAAAGGAUUGCUGCAGAAAAUGAAGAGGGAGGCAGAGAAUCCACGAGAGGUGCUUGAUCAGGUGAGGUAUCGAGUGGAGUGGGCAAAGUUUCAGGAGCGCGAGAGAAAGAAAGAGGAGGAGGAGAGGGAGAAGGAGCGGGUGUCCUACGCCCAGAUUGACUGGCAUGACUUUGUUGUUGUGGAAACUGUGGACUUCCAGCCCAAUGAGCAAGGUCACUUCCCUCCUCCCACCACCCCAGAGGAGCUGGGCGCCCGCAUCCUGAUCCAGGAGCGCUAUGAGAAGUUCGGGGAGAGUGAGGAGGUGGAGAUGGAGGUGGAGUCUGACGAUGAGGACGAUGAGCCUGAGGAGAGGCGUGAGCCUCCACCGACACACCUGGACCAGGACACUCGGCUUCAAGACAUGGACGAGGGUUCUGAUGAUGAAGAGGACAGUAUGAAGGCCCCGCCGCCCCCGGAUAACCCCAUGCCCCCACCACUGCCCCCCACCCCAGACCAGGUCAUCAUCCGCAAGGACUACGACCCCAAAGCCUCCAAGCCCCAGCCCCCAGCGCCGGUCUCGGACGAGUACCUCAUCUCCCCCAUCACUGGAGAGAAGAUCCCAGCCAGCAAGAUGCAGGAGCACAUGCGCAUCGGGCUGCUGGACCCGCGCUGGCUGGAGCAACGAGACCGCAGCAUCCGGGAGAGGCAAAUCGAGGACGAGGUGUACGCCCCUGGCCUGGACAUCGAGAGCAGCCUGAAGCAGCUUGCCGAGCGCCGUACCGAUAUCUUCGGUGUGGAGGAGACGGCUAUCGGCAAGAAGAUCGGGGAAGAGGAGAUCCAGAAACCGGAGGAGAAGGUCACAUGGGACGGUCACUCUGGCAGCAUGGCGCGCACCCAGCAGGCGGCACAGGCCAACAUCACACUGCAGGAGCAGAUCGAGGCCAUCCACAAGGCCAAGGGGCUGGUCCCUGAGGACGACAGCAAGGAGAAGAUUGGACCCAGCAAACCCACCGACAAGCCUCAGCCACCCAUGUCCUCCUCUUCACCCAGCUUGCCCAGCUCUGCACCACCCACCUCAGUGCCACGCCCUCCACUGAUUCCUCCCCCAGUUCGAACCACGCUGGUCUCAACUUUGCCAGUGAUGCAACGUCCCUCGAUGGUGCGUUUGGGCCCAGGUCAGGUGCUGGCUUCCAUGCCACCUAUGAUCCAUGCGCCUCGCAUCAACGUGGUGCCCAUGUCUCCCUCGGGACACCUCAUGGCACCUCGGCCACCCCCUAUGGUGGUUCCAGCAGCAUUCGUGCCAGCGCCUCCUGUGCCUCAGCCCCCCAGCUCGGCCCCAGCACCCAUGCCCCCCGCACGCCCCCCUCCUCCUCCACACGAGGACGAGCCUGCCAGCAAGAAGAUGAAGUCAGAGGACAACCUCAUCCCAGAGGAGGAGUUCCUGCGCAGAAACAAGGCACCAGUAACAGUGAAGGUGCAGGUUCCCAACAUGCAGGACAAAACAGAAUGGAAGCUAAAUGGGCAGCUCCUCACUUUCACACUCCCGCUCACAGACCAGGUAUCCGUGAUAAAGGUUAAAAUCCAUGAAGCCACCGGCAUGCCAGCUGGUAAACAGAAGUUGCAGUAUGAGGGUAUCUUCAUCAAAGACUCCAACUCGCUGGCUUACUACAACAUGGUCAACAGCUCAAUGAUCCACCUGGCCCUGAAGGAGAGAGGUGGUAGGAAAAAGUGAGCCCUGCCUCAGGGGCAACUGCUUUGGAGGUCCAUUCACACAGAACUGCAGUAUGAAGCUAGGCUGAGCAACGCAAUACAACAACUUGGACUGAAAGCAACAUCAAAGCUGUCCCUUUCAGUUGCCAUGGAAGAAAGUCAAUGGACCUUAUGCCUCUUUUUAUAUAGUAUGGAUCAUUUUAUUAUCUGUUUGUAAUGAAGAAAAUGCAAAACAUGCAUAAUAGCUUAUUUGAGUUGCGUGGUUGCUGUAUUUAAUUCGGUUUACAGCCAAAAUCUGUAAACAGCCAGUGGUUUGUUGCUCCAAAAGAUGCACUGUUUUAUGUGCUUUACAUUUACAUAGUGCGGCAACACCCUUCCUCUGUUGUGAAUAGACUCUAUUGAAAUAUUGAUUUGUAAUAGCUGCAUAGAGUUUAGGGCCGGACAAGUUUUAACCAAUCAUUACCAGUCCUGACAAGACAGAUAAGAUAACUUUUUUGCUGGGGUGGUGAUGGAACACAUGGAAAGCACUGAUCAGGACUGAAUACUUGCAUUCUUAUUAUUCUGACUGGUACCUGUGUAAGCCUUUUGGUGGCUUUGAACAUUUUAGUUAAGAUUAGGAGAUUUAGUUUCUUUCAAAAAUGUAUCCCAUUUACACUGUCCCUGAAAUAAAUUUCUUUUGCAGUCUCUUUUUUUUUUUUUU